AUGGAUAUUCCACCUCUGGUUCAUCAUCUCAUGGCUCUAGCAUUCUUAAUACUUUUCUUGGGUUCAUUUACUUCUCCAUUCUCGGAUUUUGAAAGCUCCGAUGAGCCUUCUAGUAUCUGCAGUUUUGAACGUCUUUCUGAGGUCAGAAGGGAAUGUAACUCCUUUUUGUCUUCAGCCUCUAAACUUAAACUUGAGGGUGGGAAAGCCUAUAGAAUGCCAAAUGAGCUCUCUUUUCUAUAUGGAGACUGGAUGCAAGAGACUGGCACAUCGCCAUUGAUGCCAUUUGAUGAUGGUGACAUGGGGAAGAACUUUUCAGAUUCUGGAUCACUCCUAAAAUUGGUUUCUUUCUCAAUAAUGGACAUUGACAUCUCCCAUCAGUAUGAAGAUGCAGUCAGUGUCUGCGGGUAUUUGUCUAUAGGCAUAAGUAGGAAUCGCUCACUGUCUAAUGAUGCAGACGGUCUGUCCCCAUGGUUCAGGAAAGAGCCAGGAAUUUCAGAAUUGAUUAUCCCAUUUGAAGGUCUUUAUACAGAGACUGAAGGCGAACGCUUGAUGUGCUUCUUGGGAACUUCGGUUUCUCCUUUCUCAGAGGGCUUUCCUGAUCCUUCGGAAUUACCAAUGGCCUAUAGCAGUGAAAACUAUCUCCAAUCUCCUCUUUUACAGGAUGAUCGUCUUAUGCUGGUUCUUCGGUACCCUCAGACAUUUUCUUUGACUAGCAGAGUGAUCCAUGGAGAAAUGAGGAAUCUGAAUCAAAAUUCAAACCCAAAAUAUUUCGAUAAAGUUUAUAUAUCAUCCCAGUUGGGUUAUUACUCAAAUUAUCAAUUUGUGUCCGAAAAGUUUGUGUUGAAAGCUUGCAAUCCGUACCCAUGCCAAGAUGGAUUGUUAGAUGGUGGAAUUAUCAAAGGUUUGGAGUUUUGUAAAAUUUUCCAGAGGCUUUCGGCAGAAAAGUUCGACAUUGUUGCAAACUCAGGAUGUGAUGGUACAGAGGAGCACUGCCAUAAUCUGGGCCCCUUUGUGCUAGGAAGUGAAGUGAAGACAACCAAUGGGAUUCAGGACAAGUUCAGAAUCAUGAUGAACGAUCUGCAUUGCAUUCCAGGAGACAAGCUAAGUACUGCGAAAGCUUCUGCGGUCUUUAGAGUGGUCUCUUCUGGAGAGAAUCUGUAUAUUGCAGAAGGAAGAACUGGCCUUUCCGGAAUGACAAUUACUGCAGAGGGAACAUGGAAUUCCUCAAGUGGGCGACUGUGCAUGGUUGGAUGCGUUGGUCUUGCUGAAACUGGGUCACAUGGAUGCAAUUCUCGGAUCUGUUUAUACUUCCCCUUUUCAUUUUCCAUCACUCAACGGAGUAUUGUUGUUGGGACCAUGUCGAGCAUAAACAAUACAGAUUCUCACAAUCUGUUGUCGUUUAGAAAGGUACUCCGACCUCUGGAUGCUUGGAAUAAGUACUAUGACUACAGCAACUCUUAUUUGUCGUACAAGUAUUCAAAAAUUGAGUCAGCCAAUAUCAUCUUGAAGAGAAAUGAGAAUUUCAAUUUGGGAACCUUUAUGAAGAAGUCAUUUCUCAAAUAUCCAUCUGUGGAAGAUAUAAACAACAUCACCAGUCUUUCCCUACUAUCAGAUGAGCUGAGUUUUGAUACCUAUGGUCUUCCAGAUCCUUUGCCCAAUAUCCAUCCUCCAAAGGCGUAUGUCACAAUGGAGGUACUUUCUAUAGGUUCCUUGUUUGGUCGUCAUUGGGCACACUUUAGAGACUUUUCUCAUAAAGAAGAGCCUCAAAUUCUUACUAAUUCUGAUUCCACCAAACAAGACCAACUUCUGAAUAUUUCAGCACAUUUCACCCUUAGUGGAGAAUCCCAUGCUCAUAUCUCGGUGCUAUACUUGGAGGGUCUUUACAACCCACUUCUUGGGAAGGCUUUUCUGAUUGGCUGCAUAGACAUCCCAUUGUCGCAGGGGCCCAUCAACAUUACAAGCCUGGAAAGCAGGAUGGACUGUUUGAUAGAAGUGAAAGUAGAGUACUCAUCUAAGACCACCCGUUGGUUGAUAAACCCAACUGCCAAGGUCUCUAUUACCAGCCAAAGGAAUGUGGAAGACACACUCUAUUUUAGUCCAAUCAGCAUCCAAACAUUUCUAAUUCCCUACAGUGACAACUCAAAAGAGUUCAUUUUUCGUCUAAACUUGGAGGAAAGUUUACGGAUGCUGGUUCUUUCUGCCUCAAUUGCUUGCAUAUAUAGCCAGUUGUUUUUCAUAGAAAAGAAGGUUGAUGCCAUCCCUUUCAUAUCCUUAGCCAUGCUUGGUAUUCAGGCUCUUGGCUAUGUUCUUCCCCUGAUCACGGAUGGUGCAAUCCUUUUCAAGUGGAAGGAAUUUCAAUAUUCUCAUAACCUACUUGAUGUUGGAAAACCUACGUGGUUUCAAGUAGUUGACUGCACCCUAAAGUUCCUUUCGCUGAUUGCUUUUGUACUGACUUUAAGACUCUGUCAGAAGGUAAAGAAAGCUCGUCUCAAACUACUCACCAGUCAGCCUAUAAAUUGGAAGCACAAUCCAAGUGACAAGCUAGUUUUUCUUUCUGCCUGGACUAUUCACAUGGUUGGAUUUGUAGCUGUUCACAUCAUUCAUUACAAGAAAACAGCAGAUGGGGUCAUAAGUACUCACCAUAAGCUUUCAGAAUGGGUGAUUGACGUAGACGAGUACAUGGGCCUUGUUCAAGAUUUUUUCUUGCUUCCUCAAAUCAUCGGUAAUGUUCUAUGGCAAACCCAAGUUAAAUCAUUGAGGGAACUUUAUUACAUUGGGUUCACACUUCUGAGAUUGCUUGUCCGAGCUUAUGAUUGCAUAAGAGAUCCUGUUUUCAAUCACUACUUUCAUAAAGGCGACCACAACAGAAGUUCAGUGUUCUUUUCAAAGUCUGAAGAAGUUAUAAUAAUGGCAAUUCUAGUUGUUCUUGCAAUAACAGUUCAUGUCCAACAGGGAUGGAAUUUCAACAAGUCUAGUCAAAUAGAGAAGUUCAAGCAGCACAGCCCUCCACCUCUUGAUUCCAAUUCCUGA